GCUUAAGAGGCGAACCUGGAAGAUCCGGUAAACGCGGACCAAUCGGACCGCCGGGACCGGCUGGACCAGGUGAAAGCGACACCGUCUUGAGACAACGAUACGACGCAAAAAUUGCCGCUUUGGAAGCAAGACUUAACGCAUUGAGUGACCCGGAAUGGUACUUGGCCACCAAUGGCUUCCGAUAUAGAAUACUAAAUAGGCCGACGGACUUUUCUGAUGCACAGGACCAGUGUAACAAUGCUGGUGGCAAGCUGGCAACUGUCGGAAUGAGAAACAAAAAAGUGAAAACAAAAAUUCUUGAAUUUUUAUUCACUGAUGCAUACAAAACGGGAUUAUGGAUUGGACUGACAGAUAUAGAAGAACAAGGCAGUUGGGUAUGGCUGGAUGGGAUUAAUGCUGAUGAAGAUGCUACUGAUUGGGAUGAACAUGAGCCAAACAAUCAUGAAGGAAGGGAACAUUGUGCUCAGAUUCGUUAUGGACGUGAAGGGACUUAUAACGAUAUCCCGUGUUCUUCAGAACUGUAUUAUCCGCUUUGUGAGCGUGGCGUUUGAUUGCUGAAAUUCAAACCUAACUUUGAUAAUUACUUCAUACAUUGUUUUAGUCGUUAAAAAGCAGCAUAACAACUUUUCAAAGAAAUGGACAAUUAGUUCAAAAGGCUAAGUUUAUAAGAAGAAAACUAUUAAGCUUCGUCAUCGUGUAAAUAUUAUCAAGCCGCUAUGACGAUUUUGAAUAAAGUAAAACAUCACUUUAUAUAUCUUCGUCAAUAUCUCGUAUUACUUGCAAUGUGCACCAUAAGUGACAGUCGACGUAUCAUAUUAGCAAUAGAUGUUAUCUUUGAUACGUUAGAAUGAAAUAUUAGAUUUGUAAUCUGAGAAAAUGUGAUAUUUACUUUACUAACACCAUUGCUCAACUUUAAGUCGAUAAAAACAGUUCUUGAAAACGACUACCU